UCUUGUGGCAUUGCAGGGGGCGGUGAACUCCUGUGAAUGGAGUAGAUGAGGCCUCAUUUGCUCUGGCUUGGAGAAUAGGAGAUGUUCUCACUGACAUUUGCCCACUACAGUCCUAUGGGACAUUGAAACACACCUGAGACCUGCAUGAUGGACAACUUGACCACUGCUAUCUUCAGCAUCCCCUCCUCACAGUAAUGUAGAGGCUGAAGGGGUAUGGCUUCUACAGCUACAGAACAGCAAUGGCAGCUUGGAGUACAACGUUGAUUCUGCAUACAGCUCUUACUCCACACUUCCAGGCCCGCUCACAAUGGAAGACAGCAGAAGGAUUCAAAUGCUGGCAGACACUGUGGCUACUUUGCCACGGGGACGAAAGCAGCUUGCUUUGGCCAGAUCGAGUUCUCUAGGUGACUUUUCCUGUUCUCAAAGAAAGCUUGUUACUGUGGAAAAGCAAGACAAUGGAGCUUUUGGAUUUGAAAUUCAGACCUACAGACUCCAGAACCAGAACAUCUGUUCCUCGGAAGUAUGCACCGUGAUCUGCAAAGUACAGGAAGAGAGCCCAGCUCACUGUGCUGGCCUGCAAGCUGGUGACAUCCUUGCAAAUAUCAAUGGUGUGAGCACAGAAGGCUUUACCCACAAACAAGUGGUUGACCUGAUCCGAUCAUCAGGAAACCUGCUAACGAUAGAAACUCUUAAUGGAACAAUGAUUCACAGAAGAGCAGAGCUUGAAGCAAAGCUGCAGGCUUUAAAGCAAACCUUGAAGAAAAAAUGGGUGGAGUUCAGAUCUCUGCACUUACAGGAACAGCGCCUGCUGUAUGAGUGUAUAUGUGGAGGUCAGGGAACAACUUGCAGGAGUCCGUUCUCUCCUUCUACUCUUCUACUAACCAUAUGGGUCCCAGGGAGGGACCUCAGGUUAUCAGGAGAUGCAGCUAACUCCCCAAACUUGGAAAACAUGGACCUGGAUGAGUUGUCUUUGUUUGGAAAUCUUCUGGGGCCGGGCCCAGCCCUCUUGAACCGGAACCGACUGUCCAGUGAGAGCAGCUGUAAGAGCCGGUUGAGUUCAGUGACCAUGGACAGUGAGGAUGGCUACAGGACAAGUGUGUCUGAGGACUCUAGCCGGGGUGCCUUCAGCAGGCAGACCAGCACCGAUGAUGAGUGCUUUCUCUCUAAGGACGGAGAUGACAUUCUGAGGAAUGCUUUUUCCAGAAAAAACAGGAGCAUCAGUGUCACUAGCAAUGGUUCUUUAUCUCCCUUGUGGGAGGGCAAUUACUCAAGCAUGUUUGGGACUCUACCCCGGAAAAGCAGACGGGGAAGUGUCCGGAAACAAAUUUUGAAAUUCAUCCCUGGCCUUCAUCGUGCAGUGGAAGAGGAAGAGAGUCGCUUCUGAUGGGUGGCAGAAACCAUUUGAGUGGGCUCGUUUCACAAUUCUCCCUGCACUUGCCUAGAUGAGCUCCACCUGGCUUAGUGGGGGAAGUACAGCCUGGUUGAGAAGCUCACAUCCCAUUUCACAGCAGCUUUGACCUUUUUAAGUUCUUACAUUGUUACUUGGGGGUCUAAUAUCAUUUCAUUGUUUUUCUUCUAGUACAGCUCAAGUUCUAAGCAGUCACCAGGGGAAGAAAGUAAUAGGUUAGAUAAUGUAAUAAUAGUCCUCUCCAUUCUAAUGCUGGCCAUGGAAGUACAAACUCAUUUUACUGACUAUGCUUGUAAGAAGUGGAGAACUGUUUGGAGUCAAGUGUGAAUGUGGACUGUCAGGAUAUAAUUAUUGGCUUGCCUUCUAUGGGGUAUUUGAUAAACUACACCUUUUGUUUGCUUAAUUUACUCAGUAGCCUCUGGGGGAGCCUUCAUAAGAAAGAAUUUACAUUUUGUUCAAACUAUUAAAGGAUCAUAAACAAAAUGACCAUAGGCAUCUUCUCACUUUGACAGUGACAAUGAGGCAGGAGGGUAGUGUUGGAGGUGAAGGGCUGAGCUUCCUGAGAAUCAUGGAAUGGGCACUUGGAACCAUUACCCCAAGCCUUUGUAUGUGUGUGUGUGUUGGGUGGGAAGAUGUCUAAAUAAAAUGAAUGAGACUCUCAUUUUUUUUCCAAUUUCAAUUUUUUUUUCUGCCUAAACAUGGAUGCCAAGUCCCCAAAUUUCAGCAUCCAAUGGAUCUGCGAUUAUAUUUUGCUACGAAUGUGUAAAAUUCUAAAAAGGUGGGUGGAAAAAGACCUUGUUUUUCCUGUUCCUCCUCAUUAUACAGUCCACAUAGGUGUCGCCUCACCCCUUGCUUCCCUGGUAGCUAUGCUUAUUGUGUUCUCACCUUUCAAUCAUUUUCUAUUUUAUUUCAACAUCCAUUAAAGUCUUUGUCCUGGUGAUACAGCUGUUUAUUAUCUAUAUGCUGAAGGAAACAGAAUGAACUAUGUGAUGAAGAUUUAAGUUGA